CUCUAAAAAAAUUAAGUUAAAUCAAAUUAAAAAGAAAGUUCAAUGAAGGGGAAGCAACUACAAAGUAUACAAAAGUCUAUUUAAAUGAAAUCUUAACAUUUGAUAUGAGCCAAGAAGCCAAAUAUUUUAAAACUCUGGAAAGCUGGUCACUAUUUAAAUUAAAACGUUCUAUAAGGAUAGAAUAGUGUCAUUCCACAGCUUAUUGUUGGCAAAAGAUAAAAGGUUGUUAGAAAUUCGUAUUUCAGGCUGAGAAUCACUGCACUGGCCGAAGUGUUUGGUAGGAUCUCUUAAGGGCUCCAAUCCUAUGCGGGGACCUACCAGCACUUGGGGGCUCCUGAGCUUACACUGCACAUGUGGAAAACCCAUUCACAGGGCCAAUUUGAGACAAACCCUGGGGGCCAGAAAGGACACUGACAGGAGCUCCGGGUUCAGCUUAAGAAAGUUCCAUUUUUAUUAAGCCUUCCUUCCUACUCUGUUUUCAGUCCGGAUUUACUACAGCCUGGCCAUAAGGUCUUGAAACAUAGUUAGAAGUACCCAUGGAGGGCAGUGAAAACUCACUGGAUGCAAAAUCCAUUAAAAACACAGAAACCAGAAAGAUCUUCCAUGGAAGCAAAUCAAUGGACUCCGGAAUAUACUUGGACAACAGUUAUAAAAUGGAUUAUCCUGAAAUGGGUUUAUGUAUAAUAAUUAAUAAUAAGAACUUUCACGAAAGUACUGGAAUGCCACCUCGGUCUGGUACAGAUGUGGAUGCGGCGAACCUCCGGGAAACAUUCACAAACUUGAAAUACGAAGUCAGGAAUAAGAACGACCUGACCCGCGAACAAAUCGUGGCGUUGCUGGACAGCGUGUCUAGAGAAGAUCACAGCAAGAGGAGCAGUUUUGUUUGCGUGCUUCUCAGCCACGGUGACGAAGGGAUCAUUUAUGGCACAAAUGGACCUCUUGACCUGAGAAAAUUAACGAGUUUCUUCAGAGGGGAUUGUUGUAGAAGUCUGACCGGCAAACCCAAACUUUUCAUUAUUCAGGCCUGCCGAGGCACAGAGCUGGACUGCGGCAUUGAGACCGACAGCGGCACUGAGGAUGACAUGGCCUGUCAGAAAAUCCCAGUGGAAGCCGACUUCUUAUACGCGUACUCCACAGCCCCGGGUUACUACUCCUGGCGAAAUUCCAAGGACGGAUCCUGGUUCAUCCAAUCACUCUGUUCGAUGCUCAGACUGUACGCUCACAAGCUGGAGUUCAUGCACAUUCUUACUCGGGUGAACCGAAAGGUAGCUCUGGAAUUUGAGUCCUUUUCUCUUGACUCCGUUUUUCAUGGAAAGAAACAGAUUCCGUGUAUUGUAUCUAUGCUCACAAAAGAACUGUAUUUUUAUCAUUAAAGAUGGAUGGGUUUUUUGUUUGUUUUUUUUUUUUUUUUAGUUUGUAGGCCAGGUGAUGAAAUGGUGUAACUGCUUUGUUUUCCUCUCAUUUAGAUCUAAUCUAAUACUUCAGGUGGUAUUUUGGAACAUGCCACUUUCAUAGCAACAGAAUUAUGAGGCUACCUCAAACUCAGAAUCGGGUAGUUGAAAUCACAUUAGGGAUGAAUAAAAGUGGAUAGUGGCACAAUCAUUGUGAGGGGAAACGUUUGUAAAUUGACUGCUUUCGUAAUUAGCAAGUUUUAGUGAUGAUGUGCUAUGGAUUUUUAAGUAAAUAUGGAAAACGUCAAACAUUAUAGUUAGGAAGUUGAGUGUACUGGUACGCUGUCAUGUAAGAGUGUGCACUCUGGUUUUUGUCACACCACAGACCUGCUGAUGUGGAAUGAGACCCUAGUAUGUGGGGACCUGUGGGCAGGGUCAAAGUCUUAGAGACCUAACUUGAUUUUAGAACUGGUAAUUGGAGAUAAGUCAACUGUAUUUUUAGAUCGUUUGUCUUGAGUGCAUGGUUUUGUGAUACUGGUCCUGAGCAUGUCUUUUGCAGCAAAAAGUCAUGUUUGCUAUUGAAAAAGAAACUAAGUGUUUUGCUAGAGAGGCGGUGUGAGCAAAUUCUGUUGGCUCUUGUGAGGCUAAAUGCAGGUCAGUGGAGGGAGACAGUUAGAAGCCUGAGGUGCUAAUGGAAGCUCGUCCAGCAGCGUCCGAGUCCUGAUGUCUGUGCCCGGGCCCCCCGCCCAGCUCCCACGAGCAGUUACUAAAAACCUCAAACUGUCCAUCACGCUGAUAGCAGCGUGAAUUGACGAAAUUCUACAGGAAUAUAAUAAAAUACGAGGUGCAUAAUAAACAGUGCUGCACAACGAAGAAGCAAUAGACCCAUCCGCCAGGCGCUCGGUAAACUAGGAGACGGUGUGACCUGAGCACACACGGCGGACACAGCCUGUGGGAUGACAACAGGGCCACAGACCGACUUCAGAAAGAUCACGGCUGACUUGUCACCGCGUUUGGACUGGUGAACGUGGAGGACGCCACCCAGGGCAGGAAUCUCCAAGAAAGCAAACCAAAUCAGAAACUUUGAAUUGGAAAUUUUCCAAAGAAGGUGAAAGUCACAGCCAAAAGCAUAGCACGCUUUAUAGUACGGUUUUUACGCAUGUUAUUUUUUGUUGACGUCUACACAGAAAAUGGCCCUGUUAUAAGCAUGUCCUAUUCUCUGACAUGAAAGGCCCAUGGCACACAGACCUGGACAACUCACCCCAGCUCCCCCUCCCAGGGCGCAGGGCAGCGGCACUCGGGCGGGCCCUGAGCCGCCGCCACCCCGUCUGGCGUCACCGCCUCUCACCAGCUUCCCUCUCUCACACUGAACAGAAGCUACCUUUACUCAAAGAAAGACAUUCACAUUUAUAAAUGACAGCCCUUGUUUUGCCUAUGGAACUUUUUUAAAGUAAGUGAAGCAUGCAAUGGUAUCUGUAUGGCUGUUUUGUAAACUUUUGUUAAGAUUUUUUAUUUCAAAAUAUAAAUUUUAACUUAAGAUUA